GGCGCGAAGUGUUAAAUUUCAAACCUCACACGGGGUUUGUGUUGUUGAGCGUCAAAAAAAGAAAAUGUUUUAUACAAAAUGAGGUUCUUUAUACGGAACAAAACCAAAUAUGAUCCUUCUGUUGCCUUUACGGAUCCAGUGAUAACGGUAAAUGUAGAUCAUACUCAAGAAAUUACGAAAAUUAAAGAGGAGGCGAGAAAGGUUGGUAAAGCAUGCAAGAUUACAGCUUUGUAUGUGGCAAUACAAGAUGGGUCAUUUGUAGAUCUAGCAGAUGACAGAACUAUCAAUUACUACAACCUACAAGAUAACACAAUCCUGGAGACAACAUCUAACCCAUUUUGGGUCACGACUCUCUAUUCUAACAUGAGAAGACGAGAGCAGGAGGCAGCCUCAAACCCUGAGGAUGCAAGACUGUGCUUCCAGGCUCAGAAGUCUUAUAUCCGUCGCUGUAUGGCUAUUGGUCUGUUGUUAAAUGGCACAGGAGAGACAGAAAAGCAACCAGCAACCUUCCAUGCUCUGGAAGAUCUCUAUGAAUACUGCUUAAAUCAGGGCAAGAAACCUGCUUACAUGUCACAGUUCACUCUGGAAGAGCUACAGGAAAUGUUUGAAGCAUAUCAAGAAGAGCAUCAAAACCACAGGGAUCCCAUUGGAAGCUUUAUUUACUCCCAGGCAAUGAAGCUUGGUUAUCUGCGAGAUAAUAAUACAAUUGAUAGUAAUGACCCAUUCAGGUCUCAUUUUGAGCAGUCUGGAGAACAGCAAAGAGAUGUGCCUGCAAGAAGAAAUGGAGGACAAAACAGGAAUGCUAGAGCAGGUGGAAGGAGGAGAGCCAACCGCAAUCGCACAUGUGAUGAUUGUGAAGUUGCCAUAGCAAUAUCAUAUUGUGCUGAUUGCAACCCACCUCUGUGUCUGUGCGACACUUGCUGGAGAUCACUGCACAGAGGUGCUACGAGGAAAAACCACCAAAUGAAAGAUAUUUCAGAAGCACCAACUCCAACCACCUACACACCACAAGCUUACAGAGCACCAUUUGCCAUGCUGGUAGCUUUCCAUAGGUGA